GGCUUUACUUCCCCACCAAAAUGUCACCAACCACAAUAUCACAAUUUAUUUUCUUGUAAAUUCAAAGAGGCUGUCGAUGCAUACACAUUUCACAGAUAAACACGGCGCUGCUCUGCUAAUACUCUAGACCUCAUUCUCACUUUUCUUUACUUCAUAACAGUCAUGACGGCACAAAAUUCAACUCAGGAAGUCCAAGAAUCGGAAAAUAAUGAUCACCUUAUAACAUCGCAAGAUCCCCAACAUCCCGCAAAUCUCAUCCCGGAACUAUGUUCGAAAUUCUGGCAUUUAGGAUGGGUAACCGGUACAGGAGGAGGAGCCAGUAUACGCAACGAGUAUAUCCAUCCUUCCCGCCCUCUACAAACAAAAGCUAAUGCACCACAGUAAUCUAGUCUACCUCGCGCCAUCUGGAGUUCAAAAAGAACUCAUGAAACCAGAACACAUCUAUGUGCUCGACAUAACCGCACAACCCAACCCCAAACAGCGCAUCUACCUCCGCUCACCCCCCAAUCUCAAACCCUCGCAAUGCACCCCGCUCUUCAUGGCGGCCUUUACCAAGCGCAACGCAGGAUGUUGCAUCCACACGCAUUCACAAUGGGCCGUCCUCAUAACACUGCUCCUCGAAUCCGCACAAAACACCACCAUGUUUGAAAUCAACAAUAUCGAGCAAAUAAAAGCUUUUGGAAAAGGCUAUACGAAAGCAGGAAAUUUGGGAUAUCAUGAUACGUUGCGCAUUCCGGUUAUUGAAAAUACACCCCAUGAGGAAGAUUUGACCGAGUAUUUGGAAGAAGCGAUGGAGAAAUAUCCGGAUACGUAUGCAGUCUUGGUGAGGAGGCAUGGGGUUUAUGUUUGGGGGGAGUCAGUACACAAGGCGAAGACUCAGUGUGAGAGGUAGGUUUUUCUAUUUUUUAUUUUGGAUUAUUUCUAUUGAUGAUGUGGAUGAUGCUGAUAUUUUAUGUAGUUUGGAUUAUCUGUUCCAAAUUGCGCUUGAGAUGAAUAAAUUAGGAAUACCAUGGUUAACUAACGUCAAACCAAUUGCUUGAAGAGUCUACGGAUUUACGGUCUAAAUGUCGUUGCAGUUGCGAUUAGGAGAUGAAUUUGUGACUAGAAGAAUCAAAGAUACACCUUUCCUAAGCGAUGGUUUCUAGGAUAUGGGAAGGAGUAGAAGUAGGUAUCCCUAUUCCAUAUGUGUAUGGGUUUCUGAAUUACGUGUGACAUUACAUCUCUUUACUUUGGUUUACACGUACAGCCAGUAGCUCCUAUAAUAUUAAACAACCCUUUCAUCUUUCUCCCAAAAAUAAAAACCUC